CGUGCCAUUGAAUUGUGGAUACGAGAAUCCGAAGAUGCCGCUAUUCAGUAAAAAAGAUUCCAAUAAAAAGAUCAAAAAGGAUGGGAAAGAUGACAAAUCGCCGUCUGUCGAGGACAAAUACGUCCUCAAGGAGUUGCUUGGAACGGGUGCUUUUUCUGAGGUACGUCUAGCAGACAGUAAAGAAAAACCUGGGCAAAUGUUUGCUGUGAAAAUUAUUGAUAAAAAAGCAUUAAAGGGAAAGGAAGACUCUUUAGAAAAUGAGAUUAGAGUGUUACGAAGGUUAACACAUCCAAAUAUUGUUCAGUUACUGGAAACAUUUGAGGAUAAGCAUAAGGUUUAUUUAGUUAUGGAGUUGGUUACUGGUGGAGAACUGUUUGAUAGAAUUGUUGAGAAAGGUUCAUAUACAGAGAAAGAUGCCUCAGGUUUAAUAAGACAAGUUCUUGAAGCUGUGGAUUACAUGCAUGAUCAAGGUGUUGUGCACAGGGACUUAAAGCCUGAAAACCUUUUAUACUAUAGUCCUGAUGAAGAUAGUAAGAUCAUGAUUAGUGAUUUUGGCUUAUCAAAAAUGGAAGAUUCUGGUAUCAUGGCAACUGCUUGUGGUACACCCGGAUAUGUCGCACCAGAGGUCUUAGCACAAAAGCCGUAUGGGAAAGCUGUUGAUGUAUGGAGCAUAGGAGUUAUUUCAUAUAUUUUAUUGUGUGGAUAUCCACCAUUUUACGAUGAAAACGAUGCUAACCUGUUUGCACAAAUUUUAAAAGGUGAAUUUGAAUUUGAUUCGCCGUACUGGGACGAUAUCAGCGACUCCGCAAAGGAUUUCAUUCACAAAUUGAUGUGCGUCAACGUCGAAGUGCGUUACACUUGCAAGCAGGCCCUUGCACAUCCUUGGAUCUCCGGCAACGCAGCCAGCAAUAAGAAUAUCCAUGGCUCCGUAGGAAAGUCUUCCUCUUCUCUCAUGGUUGCAGCAAGCCUAUCACGCAGCCACGGUCAUACGUCAAAUGCAACGGCUGGCGCUCAGCAGCGGCCAGCAGCAGCAGGGCCCAGGGUCAACAGGCCCCUCCAGCGUCAACCCCACGCCAUACCCCGAUCAAUCGCAAUCCAACCCCAGUCAUCAACCCAGAUCGGUGGAGCCUCAGAUCAAUCUAAAUUGAAGGAAAUACGGGAGCCACCAUUGCCCGUGUCAAGCUUGGUGGUCUCGAAUCCUGUUCCCAUUCCGAUCAGUCCAAACUCACCAUUAUACUUACGCAACAAACGCUUCAAGCUGUGGGGUAGCACACGCACCGCUCUGUCUACUCUUUUUCAAACAAACGUAUCGUAUCUUAGAAAGCAAAGAAAGUAUAAAAAAAGCUGAGUUGCGCCGCUAAAACUUUCUUCUAUGAAAAAAAAUAUAGAAGUUGCCGGGUUGGCAACUUUAUUCUCUUGUCGAAUAUUAUUCAAAUUGGCAAGAGUUUGUAUAGAUCCCAGCUAAUCUGUUUUUCGUUGUGGUAUCCUGUGACACGGUUACCACUGGUUAUGUACAUUACCAACUUAUAUAAACAGCCCGCACGAUAUAAGGCGAUUUUUCGAAUCGAAUAACUUUUCGUUCAUCGCCCCUUCUCGUUUCGCAAGCUUUAUUCGAACAAAACUUAUAAAUAGAUCUUCACUACGUUGGUACAUAUUCACGAUAAAAUUUAAUAUGUAGCCGUUAAUAGAAAUUUACGAGGAUGCGUUAAUGAUAUUGAUUUGAUCAAGUAAGAUGUAGUUACGUAUUUAGAUGAAUUAAUGCAGAUUAUCAAGUUUUCAUUGUACGAGAAAAAUCUUGCUGGAUCAAAUCUGUUAAUGUGUACAGAGAUAACAAAUGUGACCAGUACAACGACAAGUUUUUAUCUUUUAUAAAGUUUGGUGUAACGAAUAGUGGUUGUUUAGAUGAUUCUUUUUUCUUUUUCAAUGUAAAAAAUCUUACUGUUUCCUGAAAAAUAUCUCUUUAAUUGCCAGAAAUCGGUAUACAAACUUAUUGCCCGGUACUUUUUCAAAAAUACACAAUACAAUGGACAUUUUGAAGUGUGAAACAAAAGACAAAAUUAAUAACAAGCUUUUAUAAAAGAGAUUAAAUAAGUAUCAAAGAUCUUGCUAUACUUUUGUUGCGAGACUGUGUAAGAUCUGAUUUUUAUAGAUACCCGUCUUUAUGUUUCACCGUUAAACUAAAAUAUAUAUUUUAUUUUAUGAGAUAACUAAAUCUAACAUGUUUAUAGCAAGUCAUGUACAGUGCACUGUAUUACAAAAUGUACAUUGUGUAUACAGAUACACCUUCUGCUACAUAGUGAUAUUGAUACAUUCUAAGAACUCCAAAUCAGAAUUCUAUUACCUAGAUCUAACUGUAUGUAUACAUAUAUAUCACUCAACGGAUAUUUUUAUCAAUAUGUUGUAUUGAAAUUUCACGAAAAGUGUACAUAAUUCGUACAUGAUUUCCCCAUCUGUCUGUCUGUAAGAUGCAAAUAUAAAAAGUAAAUUCUGUACUUUUAUAAUGUUUUUAAAAGGCAGCUCUUUUUUUUAUGUUGAUUUAUGUUUUAAAAUUUUAUAGAGCUAUUGUGUAUAUUCAAACAAAUGAAUGUACAUACAUAUAUUAUUUUUAUUAGUUAUGUUUUUUAUAAUGAUCAAUAUCUUAUAAAGAACUUGAUACAAAAAUUUUUUUAUUUAAUAUUUUGUUGCAUAAUUGUGUAAGUUACAAACAAUGAAAAUACAAUGUCGCUAUUUGUAUUUGUAUCUUAUAUAUAUAUAAAAAAGAAAAAAAUGGUUGAUUAUAUACAGUACUUAGUAUAUAUUUGAAUUGUAACAAAUACUUCAACGAAAAAUUCGAAAAUACUUUUAGUACUCGGUGGUAUUACUUUAUUUUUUUACGAAUGAUUGCAAACAAGUGCAAUAAUACUAUGAUCUUGUGAUAACGAUAUUACUAUGGUCUCUUACUCAAUGAUAAGUCGAAUAUAAACUAUCACUAAUGAAUGUUAAUUUUUAAAACAGAAAUAGAAUACAAAAACACUUAAUUGGAUUGUAUAAAUAAUUUUUCACAAAUAAUCACAUUUCAGUGUUUUUGGAAUGUUUUACUUAAAAGUAUCUGAUUUUAUAAUGUAGGUGAAGAAAUCCGUUAUGUAGCGAUGCGGAAAUUGUAUUCAACAAAAUUUGAUGUUUUUCGUGUCUUUUUAAACGUGCUUUUAAAUAAAUCUAAAUUACAUUCAAUGGAUCUAAAUAUCAUGUGUUAUAUACUCGGAUAGAGAAAAUUAUUGCUAUUUAUCGAGCGGGCACUCCUUUUAUCAUAAACUAAUAUCUUUCUCUUAAACUUUAAACAUGAUAAUCACUUUGAACUAUCACAUUAGACAUCCGUCCGUGUACCGGGCACUAUUCGUGUAGUAAAUAUGUAUUAAACAAAAAAAGAAACAGAAACCAUUGAGGAAUUUAUAGAAUGCUACGUAAUAAUUUUGAAAUUGAUAAUAAUUAUAUUAAUUAUAAGACAGAUAUUAUUGUUCUUCAAAAAGUAAUUUAGGACAGAAACGUAUAUGAAGGAUGCUACGAUACAUGUAAUAAUCAUUUAUUUUUCUUUGAACAUUGUAGUAUCAAAAUUCCAAUUGAUCAGAGGUCUUUCAUUGCGCAAAAUAAUAUACCAUUCUAAAGUGCCUCAGAUGAUACGAUGAUGGAAUAUAAAAGGAAAUAUUUGUCACAAGAAUUCUUAGAUAAAAUUUGUAUGAUUUUAUAUGUUUGGAGAGAUUAAUUUGUUAGCACUAAUCAUUAUAUAGUAUCAGUUAUCUUUAUUUAUGAAUGGAAGAUUUGUACUUUCAUUUUAGUCGAUACAUUUAUUUGUAUUGAAAUAUUUACAGUUAAUUUAUACAAUUUUGUUUCGUUACCAUCAUCGUUUCAUCUAAUAAGGAGCGUUCGCUAAAACAGCAUUUUUUUAUGCUAUACAUUUGUGCGUUGUCGAUGAGCUUGUAAUUUAAAGUUCUAGACAAAAGUAAAAGAAGCUUAGCUUGUACUUAGAAGAAGAAGAAAAGAAAAAAAAAAAAACAAAAACGAAAAAACCGUGCCACAUGAAUAAACAUAUCGGCAGGAAUAUUACAAAUGUGAUUGUAAAAAUAAGCUGAUUUUAAAUAGCAAUGAAAAGAACUUGUUACUGCAGUUUUAUUGAAGAAAAACAAUAUAACGCCAGACUGAUAGAGUGUGUAUGAAAGCGAA